AUGGAAGGUGCUAAAGUAACAGUCAGAAAAACCAAGAAAAAGCAAGUCAAGGAUGAGCUCGAUCGUAUUAAACAGGCUGAGAAGAAAAAAAGGCGCCUGGAGAAGGCCCUUGCCACCUCAGCAGCCAUACGAUCAGAACUCGAGAAAAAGAAGCAGAAAAAGAAGGACGAACAAGAAAGGCUCGAUGAGGAAGGUGCUAGAAUAUCAGAGGCCGUUGCUCUGCAUGUCUUACUCGGUGAAGAUUCGGACGAUUUGCAUAAGAAUAUUAUUAUGGAGAAAGAUGAGGGGCCCACUCUUUGGGAUCAUGAAAUCAUCGUGGGACAAGGGCAACCUUUGAUCCCGUUUUGUGAUCUGUCGAGAUAUUCUCCACUCGGGAAUAUUGGGUGGUUAUCGGAAGCUCAUGCGUACGUGCCAUUGGGGAAUUAUUGGGAAAAUUCUAAUAUUAUGGUCUCGUCUGAUCCUACCUAUGUGGAAAACUUUUGCUCUUCUCGGUAUUUUGGAGAUGAAGUUUGGGGCUCGGUCGGUCAUCUUGCUGCUCAUGCAGAAUCUUCACUCAAGAUAGCAGAUGAUGAUGAUGCUUAUGUAUUGAAUUAUGUGUUAAGAGGAUGA